GUAGGAGGAAAUUACCUACUAUAUCUCCCAAAAAUUGUAAAUGGAGGAAUAGCCGGUAUAGUAGGAGUAACUUGCGUAUUUCCCAUCGAUCUAGUCAAGACUCGCCUUCAGAAUCAACCGAUUUUGCGGAAUGGUGAAGCCCAGUACAAGGGAAUAGUAGAUUGUGCGGUGCAGACCUGGAGAUCUGGUGGGACAUCCUUGUUCUUGAAGUCAUGUUAUGAAUUUUUAAACGGCAUUGCUUGCCUCCAAACAUGGGUUCGAGCGUUAUACUCCGGAUCUGCCGUUAACAUUAUUCUGAUAACUCCUGAAAAAGCCAUAAAAUUGGUUGCAAACGACUUUUUCCGCCACAAUCUAGCUGUUCCUGGAGAGAAAAGCCUUUCACUAUGGCGAGGAAUGAUUGCGGGAGGAUUGGCGGGAAUGUUUCAGAUUAUUGUAACUACACCUAUGGAGCUUCUAAAGAUACAAAUGCAAGAUCAAGGACGAACAACAGUUCCUGGUCAAAAGAAAAUGACAGCAUUGGAACUCACCACGAAACUUUUCAAAGAGCGAGGUAUUGCUGGAUUGUACAAAGGUUUGGGGCCAACUUUUGCAAGAGACGUCACAUUUUCGGUUAUCUAUUUUCCUAUGUUCGCUUAUCUGGACUCGCUGGGGCCUCGCAAAAAUGACGGAAGUGGUAAUGCUGUCUUCUGGACAUCAUUCUUUGCAGGGCUUACUUCAGGAGCUUUGUCAUCGUUUGCUGUAACUCCACUAGACGUAAUUAAAACGAGGAUUCAAACUAUCAAUAAGGGAGCUAACGAAGUAAGAUACAAGAAUGUUGUUGACGCCUUCACAAUUCUCGAGUUGGAGGGAUCUCGCGCUCUUUUCAAAGGCGCCGCUUGUCGAAUGAUGGUCAUGGCUCCUCUUUUUGGUAUCGCCCAAACAGUGUACUAUAUUGGAGUUGCCGAGAAGAUUCUGGGCGUCAAAAAGUUCGGUCAUGUCUGA